AUGACCUCUGCGGCCUCUGUUCUUGGUGAACCGGGCCCAAUCUACAACUGGUACACCGUUGGCUUCUUCAUUGUCUUCCUCAUCACCAUCUCCUCCAUACUCAAUGCCAUUGGCAUCGACCUCCAGAAACUCGGACUCGAUAAACAGUCCAAAUCAGCCGCCGGGGCUGCUUGGACGCCAAGCCGGCUGCUGUGGACCCUGCUGUUCCUCCCCGAGGAAGUAACAGUGUUCCUCGGCUGCUAUCCGCCCAUGCCGGCCGGCGGCGCCCACCACGAGAGUGGUUGCACUGCCAACGCUGGCCACGGUGAAACACGGGCUGGCUGCCACACCGAUGUCUAUCUCUACUACUUCAUCGUCCCCUAUCUCGACGCCCACGUCCUCAGCCCGCCCUCCUGGCGCUACGCUUACAUCUUCUGGCUCUUCAUUCCUGCCGUGCUGGUCCUCUGGACGCUGGCCUACCAGCUGCACCGCCAUCCGCCACCCAGAACACCCGGCCCCCCCCACCAGCCGCGCUGGAACUUCCAUCCCGUCAGAUGGGCCCGGGGGCUGCUCAUCCGCCGGCUCAUCCCGACCACCACCAGCCUCUCGACGACCCGAUCCACCUACGCCCCUCUCGCCCGCCGCGCACGGGUUGGGCAAGACCCGCCUCCCCCACAAGCUGCCCAUGCUCCCCACGCUCGGCGUCUGCUCCCGCGAGCGCCGGCCUCCGAUCUCAACCCGAACGGCUGGGCCCCAUUCACCGACCCGCUCCUCUCGGCGCCCAACGUCGAUGUGCCCCGGACGAUGUGGACGCUCUCCUCGCGCUUCGGCCUGCUCGCCUACGCCAUGAUCCCCCUCGUCGUCUCCAUCGGCCUCAAAUCGUGGCCCUUCAACAUCUUCGCCGCCCCCUGGCUCACCCACUACGGCUUCGAUCGCACCAGCAUCUUCCAUCGCUGGACCGGCAGACUCGUCUGGCUCUGGAGCACCAUCCACACCCUCACCUUUGCCCUCCAGCUCAGCCGCGACAUCAACCCUUACGGCCAUACACUCCUGACGGAUGUCUGGCAGUACUAUCGCUUCAAUUGGGGCGUGGUGGCUUACGUGGCCCUCACGAUCACCGUCUGUUUCUCAUUCAACCCGCUACGAAAUCGCUAUUACGAGUUUUUCUACUGCUCGCAUGUGGUCCUCUCCAUACUAUUCCUGGUCGGUUGUGUGAUCCACUACGAACCUCUGUGGGCAUGGUCGGUGAUCGGCUUGGUACUCUGGGGCGCCGAGCGUGCAUGCAGGCUUGCCAUCUGGCUCUGGUUCAACGGAUUCUUUGCCUCUCCGACACGCUUUUGGUCCAAUCACGCCACAACUCCUGCUCACAGCAAGCCUUACCAAGACGAUGCGAAGUCUCCUGCACAUCCUCCAGAAGCGUUUUCGAACAGCCAUCACAGCUACCCACCCUCUUCGUGGCUCCCACCAUCCCCGGGACGGACUUCGUUCCUGCCCUCGUCGUACGAAGAAGGCUCUCUGAACAUUCCGCCCAAAUCUUCGGCCGCCUCAGCUCAAAUACCCCCUGGCUUUGCGCUGGUCCAAGUCUUGCCCGGGCAGACGCUCCGGAUAACUCACAGGAUGGUCAAAGAUAGCAAGUGGGACAUCGGGCAGUACUUGCUCUUAUGCGUGCCCUCCGUAUCUUGGUGGCAGACCCACCCUUACACGAUCUGUUCAUCGUCAUCACUCUCGCAGUUUGAUAGCUGUAGUCAAGGGUCUCCUGGGAAGGAAGUGGUCCUCCUUCUCCGGGCCCGACAAGGGUUCUCAAAACAGUUUUACGAAUCCAUCAUCCGGGCCAAAGCCGAUCGAUUGCAGAAUGAUGACAACACUCAGCCCACCAAUGGGAUCCUCACGCGCUGUCAGAUCAGUCGGCCGCUUGGAAGCUCAGGAAGGGUCGCUUGGGACUCCCUCGAUAGCCUCGUCAUCGUCUGUGGAGGCAGCGGAAUUAGCUUUGGGAUCGCUGCGCUCGAGGAGACCUGCUUCAAGAUGUGCACUCGCUCGCACGCCAAGGCUCGCAAAGACAUCUCAAAGUCGAACAUCUCAAGGGUUCGUCUGGUUUGGAUCUUCCGAGAAUAUGCGCAUUUAACAUGGGUUGCGCCUGCCUUGAAACGCUGUUUGGCGAUGGUUUCGAGUGAAGAGUUGCAGCUUGACCUCUACCCCGCCAAGCUCCCACACCAACUCGAGCAUGCCCCCGACCACCCCACAUCGCCCUGGAAAGACGAGCUCAUGCGCGAGAUGGGCAUCGAUCUCGCCCCCCGUGAGCUCCUCGCCUUGGAGGAAUUGUCCGAGCGCGUCAAGACCGGCAGGCCCCGGCUGGCAAAGAUCCUCGACCAAGAGGUCGACCGCUCGCCCGGAAAAACCCUCAUCGCGUGCUGCGGCCCCGAGUCGUUGAACGGCUUCAUGCGCGCGCUGGUCGGCCGCCAGCAUCUCCGGCUCGUCGAUCAACACGCAGGCCACAAGGAAGUCGACAUCUACACCGAGGACUUCUCCUACUAA